CUCUACGCCCCUCCCGACCAAACCCCAGCACGCGGGUCCGUGCUGCGAGGCAAAGUCCCUAACCGGAGGAGAUCCAUGCGCAACAGUGUUGCUCCCUGCUGCUGUGCCACACCCUGCCCCGCAGAGGGUGAGGGCUGCCCUGCGGAAUGGGUGUGCAACGGAGAGGGGGAGGGAGGACGGCGCCGCCGGACUCUCCAGCCCGAGGUCCUUGAGGGCAGGAAUGGAGGCAAGAGCGCUUGGGCCCUAGGUUUUUCCACGCUGGCUCCGUUCCCUGCAGCUGGAACACUAGCAGUGGGAAAAGAUAGGGAAGACCGUGCCACAUCCAUCGACAGGACCAGAAUGAAGAGGCUACUUCUAGCAGUUUGGUUCUUCAUUGUGCCAGCCAGCUGGGCAGCACCAAAGAACAGCAGUGGCAGGCCUGAGAUCCCCCACGAUUCCAUGGAUCAACCCAUCCUGAAUCCUCUGCACCCAGGCCAAGAUUCUCUAAAGGUGCUCCAAGACUACCUGGAGAACAUUGGGCAUCUGGAUGGGGAUGCUGCUGCCAUGACAAGGGAACAGGCACUCUUGCUUCUCUUUGCUCUUCAUGACUACGACAAAAGCGGGCGCUUGGAUGGUCUGGAAUUCAUGAGGCUGCUGAGUGAGCUGGUGUCCCAACAGGCAAAAGGGCAGCCUGCACCAGACUUGGUAGUGCCAAUGGUGGACAGUAUCUUGGAGACUCAGGACUUCAACUGGGAUGGACUAUUGGAGCCCUCAGAGUUAUUUCUUCCUCCCCGGCAGGGAAAGAACCCAGGCUUCCUUACUCCCCGCAGUGAAGAAGAUGGCACAGUCCUGUGGGCACUUCCUAAACCAAAUGAACAAGCCAUUGGCUUCCCAAGUCCCUCUGACCAACAAAGCAAUGGUGGCUCCCCAGCUGCACCAGCAGUAGUUCAGGAGCAAGAAGUGAUGGAGGACCUCUUGUUGAGCCCGCAGAAACAUGUGGGAGACCCAGACCAGCAAGGGGAAGAGAUGCCUUCUGCUCCAGGAGACUGAAAUACGCCCUGUACAUACCCUAAGUGAUCGGCCAAGAAAUGAGGACUGGAGGUCUGCAGGUCAAUUUCAGAAACGGAAUGCAGAUAAUUGCCCCUUUCACAGCAUUUUCCUUCUAUGCAAUCUGUUCUGGCUUUCCAACUCUUCUCAUUAUCAAAGCAACAUAGAAUAGAACUCCUGUUCAGUCAGCUCUGCACCUUGUUGUCUAUAGAGAUCCCUUUCCAGCCUUCAAGGGAUACAUUCUCCCAAGCUAUCCCAUUCAAAACUUGAGAAACAGAAGCCACUAAAAAGUUAUCACACCUCAAUGGCUCCACUUUUUCCAUCUAAAUAUGGAAACCUCUUCCCUCCCUCCCCCAGCACAGAGGACCACUGCCUUUCCAGGAGGUGAUGCUACCUGGGUAGAAAAGCUCCCCCUAAACUGGAAGGCCUGCCCCAGGAGGUUGUCCUCCUGGAUAAUCUCUCUCUCUUUACAGAGCAGGCUCCAGCCACUUUGAGCUAAUAGAGAGCCAACAGAAAAGAGCUUCCUUUAGGGUCUCCCACUCUGCCCUCCUCAAGUAAGGAGCUGUUACAGAGAGGGACAGACAGCACUCACCACUAUAAUUUCCCACUCUGGCCAAGGAUCCAUCUGUGCAUGUCAAAUGGUCACUCUCUCAGCUGGUGCCUUUGGGGAAAAGCCUACACUACACUGCAGAAGGCAUCACUUGUGUCCAUUGCCAUGGGAUUUUAUUUAUUUUUAUUUAUGAAAUAUAUAUGGCUGCCCAUCUCACAAAAGUGACUCUGUGUGGCGUACAGAGAUUAAAACAACCACCGCAACCUAAAAACCCAUGACGCCCAAGGUUAAACCGGUAAACCCCAAUCACAAAAGAAAAUGCAUCAGCAACAGCAGAGCUCACUUGACCUCCUGGCCCAAAUGCCUGGGGAACAGCCAGAGAUGCCUAUGCUUCUCCUGUACUUCUGCUUCUCCAAAUCUGCCAAUAAAUCAUCUUCAAACUGAA